UUCCAUGCACACACAAUUAUAUUCAAGCUACCUAAUAAGUAUCAUAAGCACUCAUCAAUCAUCUAUCCAAAGAAAAAAUGGAAACGAUGAGAAUCUUUUUCUUCUUCCUCUUCCUCUUGGCCUUUCCGGUUUUCACUGCAAACGCAGCAGUGAAUGACUUCUGCGUGGCCAGCCCUAGAGCCCGCGACACCCCGUCGGGCUUCGGGUGCAAGAACCCGGCCCGAGUCACCGCCGCCGACUUCGCCUACUCCGGCCUGGCGAAAUCCGGCAACACCACCAACCUCAUCAAAGCCACCGUGACGCCGGCGUUCGUGGCUCAGUUCCCGGGCGUGAACGGGCUGGGAGUCUCCAUUGCGCGCCUCGACUUGGCCCCCGGCGGAGUCAUCCCCAUGCACACCCACCCCGGCGCCUCCGAGAUCUUGAACGUGAUCGAGGGCACAAUCCUCGCCGCCUUCAUUUCCUCCGGGAACAAGGUGUACGAGAAGACGCUGUACCCCGGCGACGUGAUGGUUUUCCCUCAGGGGCUCCUGCAUUUUCAGGUGAACGCCGGGAAUAGCACCGCCCUGGCGUUUGCGAGCUUCGGCAGCGCUAACCCGGGGCUGCAAAUCCUUGAUUUCGCGCUGUUUGCUAAUGAUCUUGCCACCGAGACCAUUGCCGGGACCACUUUCCUCGACGCAGCUACCAUUAAAAAGCUUAAGUCUGUUCUUGGAGGCACCAAUUAGACACUCAUCUCAUCAUUCCAUUAUAUUCAAUCCUCCAUUUACUUUGUUUUUCUCUGAUGGGUUUUAUUAUAUUUUCUUUUGAUUUUCUGUCAAGAAUUAAUAUAAUGCAGUGUAAUAUGGAGUUUCUGGCCUGGUCUUAUUCUUGUAGUUUUCCAUAUAUGUUCCAUGCAUUUCCAUUUUGUUUGCUCUACUGAUGAGUGGAAUUCAAUUAAUUAAAAAUUCCA